GCAGUCGAGUCGAGUCACGUCAGAGUCGAGUUGACUGUUUUGAUUUUUGUGCCAACUCGCAGCAUUCAGCAAUUGCUUAUUUUUAUGUAAUUAUAGUAUUGCUCUGGAACCAUGUCAAUUUUGCAAGUCGGGAUGUGCCCUUCGAUGACCAGUGAGGUUCUCAAAAGUUUGAAUAUGUGUGGAGUAAAAACUGUUAUAGACUUUGUUACUACAGAUACAGAAGAGUUGUCCCAAAAAUGUUCCUUGUCCUACAAGGUCCUCUCGUCAAUCAGAAGAUUGCUCCUGGCCCAGUAUUCAGCCUUCCCCAUCAAUGGGAGUGAUCUGUAUGAUGAGGUUCUAUCAACAGUUGCAUAUCUAUCAACAGGUUGUGACAUCAUUGAUAAACUCCUGGACAGUGGAGUCUAUACCUCAGAGGUGACAGAGGUUGUUGGUCAAGCAGCUGUUGGCAAAACACAGUUCUGUCUAACCCUAGCAGCAUGUGUAGCUGUAUCAUCUGAACAGAAUGUUCUCUUUGUGGACACCAAUGGUGGGUUUGAUGCUGGUAGACUUCAUGAAAUUAUUGCUCAUAAAAGCACAAGUGAAAAGAUUACAGCAGCAGCAUUGCAAAAAAUACACUGUGCAAAGACCUUUGACCUGUAUGACCUGCUUGACCUUUUAGAGUCCAUCAAGGCAUCCAUAGACAGUGGGACUGAUGUAUUCUAUAGUUCAUUGAAGCUAGUAGUUGUGGAUUCUGUCACAGCCGUCUUAGCACCACUGCUUGGGGGCAAGCACAGCGAAGGUCAGGGAAUGAUGGUACAUCUGGCAAGGUCAUUGAAGUCUCUCGCUGCUGAUUACUCCAUAGCUGUUGUGGUAUGUAAUAACAUGGUGAGAGGCGAGAGAGGUGAACCCAAACCGGCUUUAGGCAGGACCUGGUUGAGUGUACCUCACAUACGUAUUCAACUGAGAGCAGAUCGUAGAGAUGGGAUCAACGGUCGGGAUGACCUCAAUAGAACAGCAUCUCUUGUCAAAUCUCAAAGACAGGCUAUUAACACAUCCUGUAAUAUAGUAAUUGGAAGUCAAGGGGUGUAUGGAUGAACAGAUACCACAGAACUCACUGCCAUGUAAAGCUCAUGGCUGUGUAAGCAUAGAGGAUCCUGCUGUUCAGCCAUCUUUCAUCCUGCAACUGAACGGCCAUCAUUGCUGAUGAAAAGAGUCUAGCCAUUUUCAGAGACAAUCUGAAAUUAAGUGGUUUAUGGAUGAAUGAAUACCACAGAACCAGCUGUCCAGCCAUGAUUGAGCAUCAUAACCAGUGAAAGAAAUCCAGCCUAUUUCUGUAGAGAUGCUGAGAAAAAAUCUUGGUGGUAGAAUGUGAUGGUGGUUCAUUUUUCGGUAAGGUGGUACCUGAGAAACCAGUCACAUCCAUUGGACCCUUUCUUUUCAGCCAUAUUUAUUCCUGCAAGUUAAUGGGCAUCGUAGGCUAUAAAAGGACUUGUGCCAUUAUCAGAGAGAGAAGAGGUUAUCUGAGAGAAAUCUUGGCAGUAUGGCUCAACUCAAUGUUACUAUGAUUGCAUUUAUCUUAAGUAUCUUUUAGGCAUUCGAGCCCUUAAUGAAGGAGGGACUGAAUGGGACACUGAAAGGGAAUCUAAAUUUAAAAAACUUGUUUUCAUUUAAGAGUACCCCUAAGCUAGUAGACAGUAGCUCACAAAUGUCACAUUGAUGGCCAUUGUCCCAAUAUUGAUGGGUAGUGGUGAUGUGAAAGUACCAUCAAUAACUCUGUAGAGCAAUAUUCUUACAAUCUGGUAAGGUUUCAAAAAACGGGCAGCAUGAUUUUUUACUGACAACUGUUAUAAGCUACUGAAAUCCUUACAUCUAAUUGGCUGAGAGCAAACUUGUCAUUAAUUAUUACUAACAAAAUGAUUCAUGGAACACUAUCUAGGUCAACAGAUAUGUGUCCAUGAAUUAAACAUCUUCAUCCUGUAUAAGAUCAUUCAUCACUUUUCAGAUGUACUACAAAAAAAAUUUUAGAUGAAGUUUGAUUAUUCUCCUGAGAUAUACCAAUUGAGCCACCCCCCCCCCAAAUUAGGAAAACAAAUUACACAAAUUAUUCAAUAUCACAUUUCUCUUUCGGUAACUUUAAAUAAAAUUUAUUUACAAAAUUUUACAAUUUGCAUUUAUAAAAUGAAGGUACUGUAAUUAUUAAGUGUGAGAACAGAGCAGUACAGUUAGGGUUUAAUGUCAAUGCAUCAAGCAUUUUCUUUCCCAAGUUAAAUUGCUUGCAACACGCACUUUUUGUGCAGUCAUUGAUCCUUCCAAAUGUUCAUCAUUUAGAAGCUUACAAAAAAGGCACAGGGGCCGAGAGAAUCUUUCCAUCAAUAUUGUGUCUGGAACAUAGGAAAGAACAGAGCCAUGUAAACAAAGUGUGAACAGAGUAUGUGCAAAUACACCCAAGGAGUCUUGAGAACUGUUGUUGUCAAUUAAUUAUCCUGACCUAUGAGGGUUCUUUUGCAUUUGUUAGGCUCUUUAUAGUCAUGAAGAAUGAUUCUCUGUAAAUUCCAAUGAUUAACCUUUAAUGCGUAAAGCUGUUUAAAGGGUUAGCCUCUACGGUACACUAAGAUGAUUAAAACUUGUCUUAAAAAUGAAUACAAGUCCAUAAAUGAUGAUACUUGUCAUGGAAUACAAUAAACUUUUGGCACAAA